CUUUACGUAAUUACAAAUAUCACAAAGUCCAAUACUGUAAUUUCGUAAAUUACACGGACGGUCCAAAAAAGUCACGUUUAUAAUCAAUUCUCGACAAAUAACUGAAUUCUGUUUUUGUUUUUUUCCUCUUCUUCAUCGUCACGCCUCCUUAUCUUCUUCUCUGUAUCAUUUUGGAAUUAUUCAAAAAUGUUUGAUCAUCUGAAACUGUUGCGAUGCUUCAGCUUCACGGCGUCGCGAGAUUGGUUAUUCCGGCAAUCAUUCGCAAACGCCGGUCUACGUUCCGUAACAACAGAUCUGUCCCACGGCAAUUCAAUCGCAUCAACAGCUAUGCAUUGUUGGAUCCCAAAAUCCCCAAAUCGAUCUAAACCUAAUCUCCUGCUCGUCCACGGAUUCGGAGCCAACGCAAUGUGGCAAUACGGAGAACAUCUCCGAGCUUUCACCGGCCGAUUCAACGUCUACGUUCCCGAUCUCCUCUUCUUCGGAUUAUCAUCCACAUCGGAACCAAACCGAUCCGAAUCAUUCCAAGCUCGGUGUCUAAUGAGGUUAAUGGAAGCGCACGGAGUCCAGAGGAUGAACAUCGUCGGGAUUAGUUACGGUGGAUUCGUUGGGUAUAGUUUAGCGGCACAAUUUCCGGAGAAAGUAGAGAAGCUUGUGCUAUGCUGCGCCGGGGUUUGCUUGGAGGAAAAAGAUAUGGAGGAUGGAUUGUUUAAGGUACCGAAUCUAGAAGAAGCUACAGGAAUUUUGAUUCCUCAGACGCCGGAGAAGCUUAAGGAACUAAUAAGAUUCUCUUUCGUUAAGCCAAUCAAAGGUGUUCCUUCGUUUUUCCUCUGGGAUUUUAUCGAUGUAAUGUGUACGGAGUUUGUAGAGGAGAAGAGGGAUUUGAUAAAAUCAAUACUCAAAGAUCGGAGACUUUCAGAUCUUCCUAGGAUCAAACAGAAAUCGUUGAUCAUAUGGGGAGAAGAAGAUCAAAUAUUUCCACUGGAACUAGGUUACAGAUUAAAAAGACAUAUAGGAGAGAGUGCAGAGAUAGUGGUGAUCAAGAACGCAGGACAUGCUGUGAAUUUGGAGAAGUCCAAGGAAUUUGUCAAGCAUUUGAAAUCUUUUCUCAUUGACUCUUUCUGAAAUUUUUACAUUUUUUUCUAUAUUUGGAGAAAUAAUAACCAAUUUUUUUACAUUAUUUUUCAGAACAUGAUCUUUCUUUCUUGUUUAAAAGCUUAAAACAUUAACGUCUACUAGGGAAUUUAUGUUAGAUGACAAACACGAUUAUAUUAUCCA